AGGGUAAAAUUGAUGCACAUUAUUAUCUGCGUGUUGGUGAUGUUGUAACUAUAAUUUCUAAAGAAAGAUGUGAAAGUUUUGCAAUUCUAAGGGCAAUUUUUAGACAUAAAAGAGAUAAUUAA